AUUCUGUGGAAAAGCAAUAAAGUGAAAGUAGAAAAGAAGCACAUUCCAGAUUUAUUACACUCAUUUUUCUUUUGCGGGGAGAAGAAGAAAGAAUCAUUUACUUUAAUAUUUAGGCCAAAACUUAAAACCAAACAAGAACUAAAUCUGCUUCUGUUUAUUAGUAUUGUAGCUGAAGAACAUACAUACAUAAUCCAUCCAAUGGCACUUCCAGACAGGGAAAUCACACAAUUAGCGUUGGAUGUUGAGCAAAGUCCUAGUACUGUUGCUGCUCGUACCGUGUAUCUCAGAACCGGUGGAAACCAAUCUUCUGCAACAAGAACUAUGUCAACCCGGCAUGAAAGUUCUGCUGAAGAUUUGAACUUGGAUUACUACCUACCACUGUACCAUGCUGCAUUCCGAGGCAAUUGGGAAGAUGCUAGACGGUUUUUGGAGCAUGAUCCUAAUGCAGUCAAAGCCAAGAUCUCAAAUUUGUCAAUGACUGCAUUACAUGUUGCGGCUUGUGAAGGUCACUCGGAAUUUGUGGAGAAGAUAGUGAAACAUAUGCCCGCAGAUGAACUGGCAGAGCAUGAUGAAAUGGGGUUCACAGCCCUCCACUAUGCUGCUAUAGGUGGAAACUUGAGGUCUGCUAAGGCAUUGCUCAAGGAAAAUCCCAAGUUGGCACAAAGUGUAGAUACCAAAGGAAGAACUCCACUUCACCUAGCCGCCAGUUUUUCUUCGGAGUGUAAGGAAUUGGUUUGGUACCUUUUGUUGGUAACUACAGAUGAGGAACCUGGUCAUCCCUUCACUGGUCCCUGGGCCUCUAACCUUAUGAAUGUGUUAAUUGCUUCUGGUUUCCAUGAUAUUGCUCUAUAUCUCCUUCAACAAUAUCCUAACUUGGCCACUGCUACAGACCAAGAGGACUGCACUCCUUUAUAUGUCUUGGCAAAGAACCAAUCAAACUUCCUUGGUGGCAGUAGGCUUGGAUUUUGGGAAAGCUGCAUUUACCCAUUUAUCCCUAUUGACGUGGACUAUAGACCACCAAACUCGGUGAGAGCUUAUGUAGGCAGUCACCAUGAAAGCAUCCAAAACCUUAACAGAAUGCCAUCACCAGUACAGAAUGGAGCUCUAUAUUGGUUAAGAAGACUGCUUUGUGGAGCUCUUAAACAAAUAGCACCUUCUGGUUUCAUGACACUCCAGGAUGCAAAACUUAGACAUCACUGUGCAGUUGAAUUAGUAAAGCAAAUUUGCAUAGAACUUUCGCGUUCUCAUAUGUCAUGGCGUUUGAACUAUCUUUUGAAUUCAGAAAUCCUGUAUAUAGCCACUCUUAAUGGGAUAACUGAAAUCAUUAGUACACUCCUUGAGUUUUUCCCUGAUCUAAUAUGGGCUCGGCUCAGAAACAACCAGUAUUUGUUACUUCCUUUUGCUAUCGAGCUUCGACAUGAAAAGGUUUUCCGUCUUGUGUGUGACCACACUGCACGCAGUAAAUUAAUGGCAUCUACAUUACUUGAAUCUGGCACCAUCUUGCAUCUGGCAGCAAAGUUGGCACCUCCGGCCCAACUCACAUCCGUAUGUGGUGCAGCUCUACAAAUGCAAAGAGAAUUGCAGUGGUUCAAGGUGGUGGAGAAUCUAGUUCAUCCUUAUUAUAAGCAGAGCAAGAACGAAGAUGAAAAGACUGCUAAAGAACUAUUCACCAAGGAACACGAAAACUUGGCCGAGAAAGGAGAGAAAUGGCUGAAGGAUACUUCGAAUUCUUGCAUGGUUGUUGCAACUCUAAUUGCUACGGUGGUUUUUGCUGCUGCUUUUACAGUUCCUGGUGGUAACGACGGAGCAGAUGGAAAUCCAAAUUUCUUAAUGAAGAAGCCAUUGAUAUUCAUGGUGUUUUUGGUUUCAGAUGCAGUAGCUCUAUUUUCUUCUCUAACUUCAGUAUUGAUGUUUUUAUCCAUCCUAACUGCUCGGUAUGCUGAAGAAGAUUUCAUUGACUCGUUGCCAAAGAGGUUGAUCAUAGGUUUGGCUUCUCUUUUCUUUGCUAUAGCUGCCACAAUGGUGGCCUUCGGUGCAACCAUUUCGAUUGUGCUCAGCAAGAGGUUCAGUUGGGUUUCUAUUCCGAUCACCUUACUUGCGUCUUUUCCGGUGACUCUAUUUGCUCUGCUGCAGCUUCCCUUGUUUAUUCAAAUGGUGCGGUCAACAUUUGCAAACACCAUCUUUCGUCCUUAAAAUUAACCUCAAGGAGUUAAACAGAGAAAAGAUCUGCCCUUUUUUUUUUUUUGGCUGUGGUUUCAUUAAUUAUGACUAAUUUUGUGCAGAGUUCGAUAUUACAGAUAAAUUUACCUGUAUAGCAUGCACCUCCAUGUACAUAAAAUUAAUUGAUCAAUCUAUAAAUGUAAGUGUAUGGCAUUAUUC